GGUUACUGCCUUGGCUUUUUCACUCCUCCCACAAACAAGGCCGCACUUUCUCCACAGCAUAUCUGAACAUAAACUCAACGCUCGAUUCGUUCCACUAUAGCCUAUUCUUCCUCACAUAGCAUAUUCAGCCGACCACACCAAUGUUCGAUCCACCUAUCAAAGCCGAUUUCCUCGCCCACGGCCUCGUAGCAUGUCCCGUGCCGGAUGAGGACCUUGAAUGUCCCAUCUACCGGGAGCAGUUUAUAUCAGCACUUAGUACCCCAAGCGAUACCACUGAAUCGGACUCUACUACAUCUUUGGUAGACAGCGCCACCGACGAAUAUACCACCCCGCCCCCCGAAGACGCCGAAAGCCGCCUACCCAUACGGAUGCCCUGCUGCAACAACAUCUUUUGUCACCACUGCAUCAACUUAUGGCUUAAUUCGGUAAACACAUGUCCGACCUGCCGCGUACAACUCUUUGAAGGACCAGAACCAGAACCAGAACUAGAACCAGAACUAUCCGAAUCAACCGAAUCUGAAACAUCUGAUUUUGAAGAGGAAUAUGAUGAGGGCUUGAAUAUACUCAUGGAGUUCGACACUGAUGGUUGAACAGCAGAAGUUAGGCCUCGGUACGCCGCAGGAGGAGCUUAGUGUAGUGUCGGAAGCCUGACUAUCGCUUGUAGUGAACGGGUUUAGAUAGGUUUCGAGCCACGGGUCUUACCAUGGUGGAUACGAGUACCUUUCACCUUCACCUUGCACUGUACGGUGGGCAGCUAGAUAUA